AUGUCGUGGGCAGGAUUCAAGAAAAAUGUCAACCGCGCUACGACGCAGGUUAUGAUGAAGACAGGUCAUGUCGAAAGAACCAAUGAUCGUGAUUAUGAAGUCGAGGAACGACGGUACCGGACAAUGGAGGCCGCUGCGAACCGUCUGCAGAAGGAAGCGAAGGGAUAUCUUGACUCGCUCAGAGCGAUGACUGCCUCUCAGAUGAGGAUUGCGGAAACGAUCGAUGCCUUCUACGGCGAUGCCGGCACCAAGGAUGGUGUCAGUCGAAGCUACAAACAGGCUGUGGAAGAUUUAGAUGCCGAGACUAUCAAGGCGCUCGAUGGCCCAUACCGGAAUACAGUUCUCGAGCCGAUCUCUCGUUUCUGCGCCUACUUCCCGGACGUCAACGAGUGCAUCAAGAAGAGGAAUCACAAGCUGCUGGACUACGACUCGAUGCGCGCCAAGGUCAAGAAGCUGGUAGAGAAGCCCGACAAGGACGUCACCAAGCUGCCGCGGGCGGAGCGGGAGGCCGAGAUGGCCAAACAGGCCUACGAGCAACUCAACGAGCAGCUUUUCACCGAACUCCCCCAACUUAUCGACCUGAGAGUGCCAUACCUGGACCCGAGUUUCGAGGCCCUCGUCAAGAUCCAGCUGCGCUUCUGUGCUGAAGCUUAUUCACGCAUGGCCCAGGUACAACAGUACCUCGAUGCUGACACGAGAGACCAAUAUGCGAACGGCGAUCUGGACAACCGGGUCGAAGAGGUCCUCCAGGAAAUCAGAGACCUCAGCAUCGCUGGAACGGUCUAG